GUCCCCUCCCCGUGCCCCGGGGCUCCCAGCUCGGGCGCCAGCCUCCCGGUGCGCACCGGAGGCGCGGGGCUUGCCGCGCGUCCCAACUUGGUUGGGGCGACCCGGUUCUCCUCGCAGCGGGCGGCCCCCAGGCUGGGGGGCUCCGGGCCGGGGGUCGACGCGCCCGCCGCGCUCCAACUUUGCAAGGACCCGCGUCCCUCUCGAGCCGCGCGCUCGCCUGCGAGCUGCGCGCCCGCGGUAAUGGCGGACCCCUUGGCACCGCUCGCUACCCACGGCGGGCAGCCCGCGGCUGGGGGCCGCCCGUGCCCGAGGAUCGCCGCACCUGCCCAGCCUCAACUUUAAGCUUUCCUGCGUGCCCGGCUCUCCGGAGCACAGGUGUGACGGGCCGGCAAUGCCCAGGGAAUAGUGCCCAGGAGUUUGCGUCACCUCGAGACACAUCUAGACGCCUCCACCAGACACUUCUCCUCCCCAGUCGGCCUGACCCGUGGCUUCGGGACACGCCCCACGGCUUCUCCUGACGUCUGCCCGAUCGACCAUCACUUCCUAGAGAACAAGGAGGAAGGCAGACGCAUGAAAUCAUGCCACCGAGGGCCGGAUGGGAGUGAGUGGGUGACGCCGAGUUGACGUCAGAGACGGAGAGGACAAACCCAAGAGUAGCUCCUUCUUGAGCCUCCCCGAGCCACCAGCCCCCGGCUCUUCCUCUUGGCACAGCGUAAAGCCUGGAUCCUCCUGGUGAACUCGACUUGGCUUGACCUAUUUUAAGUCUUCGGACCCCCGGACACUAGACGCCAUGGAGAGUCAGGUGUUCAGUGUUCAGCAGAUCCAACCCAACGUCAUUUCCGUCCGCCUCUUCAAGCGCAAGGUGGGGGGCCUGGGCUUCCUGGUGAAGGAGCGGGUGAACAAGCCACCCGUGAUCAUCUCCGACCUGAUCCGAGGGGGUGCCGCGGAGCAGAGCGGCCUCAUCCAGGCCGGCGACAUCAUCCUCGCCGUCAACGGCCAGCCCCUGGUGGACCUGAGCUAUGACAGUGCCCUGGAGGUGCUCAGGGGCAUCGCCUCUGAGACCCACGUGGUCCUCAUUCUGAGGGGCCCUGAGGGCUUCACCACUCACCUGGAGACCACCUUCACCGGGGACGGGACCCCCAAGACCAUCCGGGUGACGCGGCCCCUGGGUCUGCCCACCACAGCCGUCGAUCUCUCUCACCAGUCAUCAGCCAGCAAGGAGCACAUGCCGGCCGUGGACGGGACCACGGGCCCUGGCAACGGCCCCCAGCAUACCCAGGACAGCAGGCAGGAAGCAGGCUCACUCUCGAACACCAACAGCCUGGCCCCCAGACCCCCAGGCCAGGACCCCACCAAGAAAAGCACCGGGGGCGCCCCCCAAGACAGCCAGAACAGUGAAUUGCUCAAAGAGAUAGAGCCUGUGCUGAACCUUCUCACCAGUGGGAGCAAAGGGAUCAACGGAGGUGGUCCCUCCAAGGCGGAGACAAAAGACGCGGAAGUCCAGGUGGACAGAGGUGUGGAUGGCAAGUCACACAAACCGCUGCCCCUUGGCGUGGAGAAUGACCGAGUCUUCAGUGACCUGUGGGGGAAGGACCAUGUGCCCGUCAUCCUCAACAACCCUUAUUCAGAGAAGGAGCAGCUGGUGACCCUCGGGCUUCUUCUCGGUCGAUUAGCCAUGAGACCAGCCCUCCAGGUCCUGCUACCCCAGCCCCCUGCCUCGGGAAAACAGUCUCCCACAAAGAAUGGCAGCCCCUCCAAGUGCCCCCGCUUCCUCAAGGUCAAGAACUGGGAGACUGACGUGGUUCUCACCGACACCCUUCACCUUAAGAGCACACUGGAAACAGGGUGCACCGAGCACAUCUGUAUGGGCUCCAUCAUGCUCCCUUCUCAGCAAAUACGAAGACCUGAAGACGUCCGCACGAAAGAACAGCUCUUCCCUCUUGCCAAAGAGUUCAUUGAUCAGUACUACUCGUCAAUUAAAAGAUUUGGCUCCAAAGCGCACACAGAGAGGCUGGAAGAGGUGAACAAAGAGAUUGAAACCACGGGCACCUACCAGCUCAAAGACACGGAGCUCAUCUAUGGGGCAAAGCACGCCUGGCGGAACGCGUCCCGCUGCGUUGGCAGGAUCCAGUGGUCCAAGCUGCAGGUGUUUGAUGCCCGCGACUGCACCACGGCCCACGGGAUGUUCAACUACAUCUGCAACCACAUCAAGUAUGCCACCAACAAAGGGAACCUCAGGUCUGCCAUCACCAUAUUUCCGCAGAGGACGGACGGCAAGCACGAUUUCCGGGUCUGGAACUCCCAGCUCAUCCGCUAUGCCGGCUACAAGCAGCCCGAUGGCUCUAUCCUUGGGGACCCAGCCAAUGUGGAAUUCACAGAGAUCUGCGUCCAGCAGGGCUGGAAACCCCCAAGGGGCCGCUUCGACGUCCUGCCACUCCUGCUCCAGGCCAACGGCAACGACCCCGAGUUGUUCCAGAUUCCCCCAGAGCUGGUGUUGGAAGUGCCUAUUAGGCACCCCAAGUUUGAGUGGUUCAAGGAUCUGGGCCUGAAGUGGUAUGGCCUCCCCGCUGUGUCCAACAUGCUGCUGGAGAUUGGCGGCCUGGAGUUCAGCGCCUGCCCCUUCAGCGGCUGGUACAUGGGCACAGAGAUCGGCGUCCGCGACUACUGUGACAACUCUCGAUACAACAUCCUGGAGGAAGUGGCCAAGAAGAUGAACUUGGACAUGAGGAAGACAUCCUCCCUGUGGAAGGACCAGGCGCUGGUGGAAAUCAACAUUGCUGUUCUCUAUAGCUUCCAGAGUGACAAAGUGACCAUCGUUGACCACCACUCGGCCACCGAGUCCUUCAUUAAGCACAUGGAGAAUGAAUACCGCUGCCGGGGGGGCUGCCCUGCUGACUGGGUGUGGAUUGUGCCCCCUAUGUCCGGCAGCAUCACCCCAGUCUUCCACCAGGAGAUGCUCAACUACCGGCUCACCCCCUCCUUCGAAUACCAGCCUGAGCCUUGGAACACCCACGUCUGGAAAGGUACCAAUGGGACCCCCACAAAGCGGCGAGCCAUCGGCUUCAAGAAACUGGCAGAAGCCGUCAAGUUCUCAGCCAAGCUCAUGGGGCAAGCAAUGGCCAAGAGGGUCAAGGCGACCAUCCUUUAUGCCACAGAAACGGGCAAGUCGCAGGCCUAUGCUAAAACCUUGUGCGAGAUCUUCAAACAUGCCUUUGAUGCCAAGGUGAUGUCCAUGGAAGAAUAUGACAUUGUACAUCUGGAACAUGAAACUCUCGUCCUUGUGGUUACCAGCACUUUUGGCAAUGGAGACCCCCCUGAGAAUGGGGAGAAAUUCGGCUGCGCUUUGAUGGAAAUGAGGCACCCCAACUCUGUGCACGAGGAAAGGAAGUACCCGGAACCCUUGCAUUUCUUUCCCCGUAAAGGGCCUCCCCUCCCCCAAGGUGACCCAGGAGUCCGUGGUCUGGCUGCAGCCCGUGACAGCCAGCAGAGGAGCUACAAGGUCCGAUUCAAUAGCGUUUCCUCAUAUUCUGACUCCCAUAAAUCGUCGGGUGACGGGCCAGACCUCAGAGACAACUUCGAGAGUGCUGGACCCCUGGCAAACGUGAGGUUCUCUGUGUUUGGCCUUGGCUCCCGGGCUUACCCUCACUUCUGCGCCUUUGGACAUGCCGUGGACACCCUCUUGGAGGAGCUGGGAGGAGAGAGAAUCCUGAAGAUGAGGGAAGGGGAUGAGCUCUGUGGGCAAGAAGAGGCUUUCAGGACCUGGGCCAAGAAGGUCUUCAAGGCAGCCUGUGAUGUAUUUUGUGUGGGAGAUGAUGUCAACAUCGAGAAGGCCAACAACUCCCUCAUCAGCAACGACCGCAGCUGGAAGAGGAACAAGUUCCGCCUCACCUACGUGGCCGAAGCUCCAGAACUUACGCAAGGUCUAUCCAAUGUCCACAAAAAGCGGGUCUCGGCUGCUCGACUCCUCAGCCGUCAGAACCUUCAGAGCCCUAAAUCCAGCCGAUCAACCAUCUUCGUGCGUCUGCACACCAACGGGAAUCAGGAGCUGCAGUACCAGCCUGGGGACCACUUGGGCGUCUUCCCAGGCAACCGCGAGGACCUCGUGAAUGCCCUGAUCGAGCGGCUGGAGGACGCGCCCCCGGUCAACCAGCUGGUGAAGGUGGAGCUGCUGGAGGAGCGGAACACAGCUUUGGGAGUGAUCAGUAACUGGACAGACGAGCACCGCCUCCCGCCCUGCACCAUCUUCCAGGCCUUCAAGUACUACCUGGACAUCACCACGCCCCCGACACCGCUGCAGCUGCAGCAGUUUGCCUCCCUGGCCACCAGCGAGAAGGAGAAGCAGCGUCUGCUGGUCCUCAGCAAGGGCUUACAGGAAUACGAGGAAUGGAAAUGGGGCAAGAACCCCACCAUCGUGGAGGUGCUGGAGGAGUUCCCGUCCAUCCAGAUGCCGUCCACCCUGCUCCUGACCCAGCUGUCUCUGCUGCAGCCCCGCUACUAUUCCAUCAGCUCCUCCCCAGACAUGUACCCCGACGAGGUGCACCUCACCGUGGCCAUCGUCUCCUACCGCACCCGAGAUGGAGAAGGACCAAUUCACCACGGCGUGUGCUCUUCCUGGCUCAACCGGAUACAGGCUGACGAAGUAGUCCCGUGUUUCGUGAGAGGAGCACCCAGCUUCCACUUGCCCCGAAAUCCCCAAGUGCCCUGCAUCCUCAUUGGCCCAGGCACUGGCAUUGCCCCUUUCCGAAGCUUCUGGCAACAACGGCAAUUUGACAUCCAACACAAAGGAAUGAGCCCCUGCCCCAUGGUCCUGGUGUUCGGGUGCCGGCAAUCCCAGACAGACCACAUCUACAGGGAGGAGACUCUGCAGGCCAAGAACAAGGGGGUCUUCCGAGAACUUUACACGGCCUACUCCCGAGAGCCAGACAAACCAAAGAAGUACGUGCAGGACAUCCUGCAGGAACAGCUAGCAGAACCGGUGUACCGAGCCCUGCAGGAGCAAGGGGGCCACAUCUACGUCUGCGGGGACGUCACCAUGGCCGCUGAUGUCCUCAAAGCCAUCCAGCGCAUCAUGACCCAGCAGGGGAAACUCUCAGCGGAGGAUGCGGGUGUGUUCAUCAGCAGACUGAGGGAUGACAACCGGUACCAUGAGGAUAUUUUCGGGGUCACCCUGCGAACAUAUGAAGUGACCAACCGCCUUAGAUCUGAAUCCAUUGCCUUCAUUGAGGAGAGCAAAAAAGACACUGAUGAGGUUUUCAGCUCCUAACUGGAUCCUCUUGCACAGAUGGAUGGCAGGGGGGCUGUCCCGUGCACCCCGGCGGAGCGGCUGCAGGUUUUCUAAGCGUGGACACUGCUGAACCUUCCCUCCGGGACCCCGCGUGGCCCCCGCUGUCCCUCUCGUCCUGUCGCUGUGGUUUUUCCUCUUCUGGGUCCUUGCCCCUCAGUGGUUUCCUUGGCCCUCUUGGGUUUUCUCCUUGAGUUGUCCUGCUACAAUGCAAUGCCUUUAUAAUCCACAGUGGCUCUUACAAAACUGUUUCCCCCUCCCUCUCUUCCCGAGGAGGGCAGAUCCCCGGCGCAUGACAUCACUGGAACGUGGCCGUGGCUCUGGGGUUCCCCCGGAGAGGCUCCAGGGACUGGU